ACCACUUCACCACUUCAAGCGAAAUUUGAAUUUCCGGCUUCUCGCAGGGACAGGCCCGUCCAUAUAAAGUAAUAAACAACCGAUGCACCAGCUCUUUCGCCACCGGAUCACAUCCAAAUCUAGGGUUUUUCCCUCUCUUUCUAGAUCUGUUUCUCCCAAUUCCAUGAUCGGAUUCCUCGGACAAAUCUGAAUCAUCCAAUUUAUUGGCAAUGGAGGCGAUCGACGAAUUGUUUCAGCUGUCGGACUCGAUGCGUCAAGCGGCUGCUCUCCUCGCUGAUGAAGAUCCGGAUGAGUCCACCGCUUCAAGACGACCUUCCACUUUCCUCAACAUAGUCGCUCUCGGCAAUGUUGGAGCUGGGAAGUCCGCUUUACUGAACAGUCUCAUUGGUCACCCUGUUUUGCCAACUGGUGAAAAUGGUGCCACACGAGCCCCAAUAGUUGUUGAUCUAAAUAAAGAAGGCUCUUUAAGCAGCAAAGCAAUAAUCUUGCAGAUCGAUAACAAAUCUCAGCAAGUCUCUGCUAGUGCAUUACGACACUCCCUACAAGAUAGGCUGAGCAAAGGAUCUUCAGGAAAGAGUCGCGAUGAAAUAUUCCUGAAACUCCGGACAAGUACAGCACCACCUUUAAAAUUGGUUGACUUACCUGGAUUGGAUCAACGAAAUAUGGAUGAUUCAUUGGUUGGUGAAUAUGCGCAACAUAAUGAUGCUAUUCUGCUGGUUAUAGUUCCCGCCACUCAAGCUUCAGAAAUUUCAUCAUCUCGAGCACUGAGAUCUGCUAAAGAGUUUGAUCCAGAAAGUACUAGAACCAUUGGUAUUAUCAGUAAAAUCGAUCAAGCAGCAGAAAACCCUAAAGCUGUGGCUGCGGUUCAGGCUCUGCUGUUGAACCAAGGUCCACCGAAAACUUCUGAUAUAGCCUGGGUUGCUCUAAUUGGUCAGUCUGUCUCCAUAGCUUCAGCCCAGUCUGGCAGUGAGAACUCUUUGGAAGCAGCUUGGCAUGCAGAAAGUGAAAGCCUCAAAUCUAUUUUGAAUGGAGGUCCUCAAAACAAGUUUGGCAGGCUUGCCUUGGUAGAUGCCCUCGCUAGUCAAAUCCGGAACCGUAUGAAACUCAGACUUCCAAACCUCCUAUCUGGGCUUCAAGGGAAGUCUCAGACCGUUCAGGAUGAACUGCUGAAGCUAGGUGAACAAAUGAUUAGUAGCGUUGAGGGGACAAGAGCGGUAGCUUUGGAGUUAUGUCGUGAGUUCGAAGAUAAGUUCCUCCUCCACUUAACUGGUGGUGAGGGUAGUGGUUGGAAAGUUGUGGCUAGUUUUGAGGGAAAUUUCCCAAAUAGGAUCAAACAGCUUCCAUUGGAUAGACAUUUUGACUUGAAUAAUGUCAAAAGGAUUGUCUUGGAGGCAGAUGGUUAUCAACCUUAUCUUAUUUCUCCAGAGAAAGGAUUGAGGUCUUUGAUAAAAGGUGUCCUUGAGCUGGCAAAGGAUCCUGCACGUUUAUGUGUAGACGAUGUGCACCGUGUACUUGUGGACAUUGUCUCUGCUGCAGCAGAUGCUACUCCUGGUCUUGGAAGAUAUCCUGUUUUUAAAAGAGAGGUGGUAGCCAUUGCAAGUGGUGCAUUGGAUGGAUUUAGGACUGAAGCCAAAAAGAUGGUAAUUGCCUUAGUUGAUAUGGAGCGUGUUUUUGUUCCACCGCAACAUUUCAUCCGUCUGGUUCAAAGAAGAAUGGAAAGGCAGCGUCGUGAAGAUGAAGUUAAGAACAGAUCCUCUAGGAAGGCAGUCGAAGCUGAGAAUUCCAUUUGGACUAGGGCUACUAGUCCGCUGUCAGAUGGACAAUCUGGUGGUAGCUUGAAGUCGAUAAAAGACAAGUCUGGUCAACUGGACAAAGAUGCACCAGAGGGUCCAUCUCUAAAAGUUGCUGGACCUGAGGGAGAGAUAACAGCAGGAUAUCUAUUGAAGAAAAGUGGGAAAGCUAAUGGGUGGAGCAAGCGAUGGUUUGUUUUAAACGAGAAAACUGGCAAGCUCGGUUACACAAAAAAACAAGAGGAAAGGAACUUCCGCGGUGUCAUAAGUUUAGAGGAAUGCAAUCUUGAGGAAUUGUCUGAUGAUGAAGGAGAAAAAAAGAGUUCAAAGGAUAAAAAAGAAAAAGGACAUGAUUCAAGCAAAGGGCCUGGUCUUGUUUUCAAAAUAUCGAGCAGAGUUCCGUACAAAACAGUAUUGAAAUCUCAUGCCACUAUUGUGCUGAAGGCAGAGAACCUUACGGAGAAGGCUGAAUGGUUGAGUAAGUUGAGAAAUGUUAUUCAAGCUCGAGGUGGACAAGUAAAGGGUGAAUCUGGUUCUACCAUGAGGCAAAGUUUUUCUGAUGGUUCACUUGACACAAUCACGAGGAAACCCAUUGAUCCAGAAGAAGAGCUACGGUGGAUGUCCCAAGAAGUGCGUGGCUAUGUUGAAGCUGUUCUUAACAGCCUUGCAGCAAACGUCCCAAAGGCCGUCGUAUUUUGCCAAGUCGAAAAGGCCAAGGAAGAUAUGCUCAAUCAGUUGUACAGUUCUAUUAGUGCAUUGAGCAACGAAAGGAUUGAGACAUUGAUCCAGGAGGACCAGAACGUGAAGCGAAGGAGAGAGCGAUACCAGAAGCAGUCUUCCCUUCUUUCGAAACUCACACGGCAACUUAGCAUUCACGACAACCGAGCUUCAGCUGCCACAAGUUGGUCAGAAAACAAUGUUGGAACAGAGAGUAGCCCGAGAACUAGGGGGGCCUUAUCAGGCGUCGGGGAAGAUUGGCGGAACGCUUUCAACGCGGCUGCUAAUGGCAUCGCAGGCAACUCUGGAGACUCGUCAACAUACGGAUCCAAUGGUCACAGUCGUCGUUACAGCGACCGGGCUCAGAAUGCUGACGUUGGCUCCGGUUCCAACUCGGCCCGUCGCCCUACGCCUAACCGGUUACCUCCAGCUCCGCCACCAUCAGGUCCAGCAUACAGAUACUAGAGAUCCUUCUCCUGCAUUGGUAAACUUCUCCAUUUUAUUCAUUCUUGGUCACGCACUGUGUAGUUUAUAUUUAUGAUCCAAUUUUUCCUUUUGUUUUUGUUUUCUUGCUCCCAGGGUACGAAUAAUUUGUUCGAUUUUUCAAUACAAUGGGGUUUUAUUAUUUUUUUUAAGGCGUGUUUGAAAGUAUCGAAGAUACAUUUGCUUUAGAAUGCUUAGAUGAUUUCCUGCC